AUGGCAAAUACCAUAUUAUCAAUAGCUGACCUUGAGGAGGCGGCUUCCAACUCUCUACCCGUCUCUGCGAGAGACUUCUUCAACUCCGGUGCAACGAACGAAGUCACACUCCACGAAAAUUAUGCUGCGUAUAGGAAGUACCGUCUCUUACCAAGAGUUCUGAGAAAUGUGUCACUUGUCGACACUGGAAUCUCCCUCUUUGACCGAGAUAUCACAUUUCCGCUUUGUGUCUCACCCACCGGAAUCCAGGCUAUGGCUCACCCAGAAGGAGAGCUGGCCACAAGCCGAGCCUGUGCCAAAAUGGGCGUCAACAUGGGUAUCUCCUCUUAUGCCAAUCACUCGGUUGAAGAGAUCACCGCCGCUGGAAAAGAAGUAGGGUCAAUUCAUCAUGUGAUGCAGCUUUACGCGAUGAACGACAAAGCCAAACAAGAACGAAUCAUCCGUCGGGCUGAGGCUGCGGGGUGCAAGGCUUUAUUUCUGACAGCGGAUAGUCCCGUACUCGGGGUGCGCUGGAAUGAAUGGCGGAAUGGAUUUAUGCCUCCAGUUGGCUUAGGGUAUCCGAUGUAUGAAAGAACAUCUGCCGAGAUUCAGCAGCAAUCUCACGAUGAUGGGUUUAGCUCGACAAACUCGGAUUCCCAUUCCUGGGCCACGGAGAUACCGUGGUUGCGCAGCGUCACGAAGAUGGAGAUUUGGAUUAAGGGCAUUCUCACUCCGGAAGAUGUCGAGACUGCUAUUGAAUAUGGCUGCGAGGGUAUCAUAAUUAGCAACCAUGGCGGUCGUCAGUUGGAUGAGACACCGGCCACAAUUGAUGCGCUUCCUGCCUGUGCUAAAGUUGCACGAGGACGGAUCAAAAUCCAUAUUGAUGGUGGAAUUCGAUCUGGGGUGGACAUUUUCAAAGCCUUGGCUCUUGGUGCUGAAUGCUGCUGGGUUGGUCGUCCUGCACUUUGGGGACUUGCGUAUAACGCACGGCUCCAUCAUCAUUCAGCAAACGUGACUCCAACGACCUCGUUGCCCAAUAUGCAGUCCGAGAAGGGUCCGCUUCUGGAUGUGAACGAAGUCUACGACUCCGAAGACAAUGACUUUGUUUCCAGCCACACCCUCGACAAUAAGCUACAAAGAACUCACCCCUGCUGGGCGAGGGCCCUGAGAAAAGGGCUCUGCGUCUUUGGGAUCACCGGUCUUAUUACCUACUAUCUAGGCUUAUCGCAUGGCUCUCCGUCUACUGAGAAGAAUCCGUCCCCACACUCGGAAGCCCCCCAGCUUUGCCAGUCACAAGAAUGCAUUCAUGCUGCUUCCGAAAUCCUCUACAAUUUGGAUGCCAACUACGAGAACAUAGACCCCUGCACUGAUUUUGACCAAUAUGUCUGCGGUGGAUGGAGAGAACACCAUGACAUGCGGCCCGAUCAGGGAUCGAUAUUUGCGGGCACAAUCAUGGAAGAGAAUGCCCAGACUAAACUUCGCCAUAUCUUGGAGCGCACAGAACCGCCGCAGUCUUCUGAUGCUGAUAAUUUCAAGAAACUCAAAGCUGCAUACGAUGCUUGCUUGGACGAGGGUACAGUCAUCAAACGUGGCAGCAAGCCUUUGACUAAUAUUCUGGAUGAACUGAAAACUAUCUAUCCCGCAAAGGCAGAGGGUCUUGUGAAAGGAUCACAUGAUCAACUCACCAGCGCUUUGUUAUAUCUGGCUAAUGCUGGUGUCGAGGCUCUGGCUUCUUCCGGUGUCACUCCCGAUGAUCGAGACCCUGAUAAUGUUGUUAUCAUGAUCUCACCGCCUCGUGAAAUCGGACUUCCGGCAAGAGAGUACUAUAAUAACACAAAGACCGUGGCUGAUUACACGACCGUUUUGAAGCAAGUUGUUCGGGGACUUGCUGGAGAUGGAUUCGAUAAAAUUGCGGAGGAUGUUGUAGCCUUUGAAAAGAAGCUCGCGGAUGUGACCCCGGACACCCAAACCCAGGAAGAUGUCACCAAAUACUACAACCCCCUUAGUAUCAAGGAAACGGAGGCGCUGGUACCUGAGAUUUCUUUUACUGAUAUUAUUUCAUCUUUGGCGCCCCGUGACUACAAAACUGAUCGCCUAAUUGUUGGAUCGCCUUCCUAUAUGAAGGCGUUGUCCGUUCUCUUGAAAAACACACCCAGAGAGACUGUUCUGCUCUUCUUGCAGUGGAAGCUCAUCCAAGCCUUUGCGGAUGUUAUCGAGGAUGCCUCCAUUGAACCUCUUCGGCGAUUCGAGAAUGAACUCGCUGGCAAAGAGCCUCAGGCUAAGGAGGAGCGAUGGCGUAAAUGCCUUGGGCGUCUGGAUGAAGGGCUUGAAUGGAGUCUCAGCCGUUUCUAUGUGCUUGAUGCGUUCUCUGAGGACUCGAAAAAGCUUGGCGAUCAGAUCGUUUCCGAUAUCAAGGAGCGAUUUAUCUUCACACUGGACCAGACUAGCUGGAUGUCCCCAGAUGUGCGAAGAUUGGGCAUUGAGAAGGUUGGAAACAUCAUCCAGAAGAUCGGAUUUCCUACAAAGAGUCCCAAUGUUUUAGACCCUGAGGAUGUGAAUAAAUUCUAUCGGGAGCUGGAAUUGUCCAAGGACACAUUCUUUGAGAAUGAGGUGGCUGUGGCGAAGUUUCAACUUCGCGGCGAAUGGUCUAAGCUCGGAAAGCCCACCAACCGCGACGAAUGGGAUAUGAGUGCACCGACUGUUAACGCUUAUUACAACCCGCCAGGUAAUGAGAUCGUUUUCCCUGCCGGCAUUAUGCAGCCGCCAGCGUUCUAUGGACCUUCGGCUCCGCUGUAUCUGGCAUAUGGUGCAUUUGGUGCUGUGAGCGGCCACGAACUUUCACAUGCUUUCGAUUCUACCGGUCGACACUACGACGAGAGUGGAAAUUACACCAACUGGUGGGACGACAAGACAGUUGAAGCAUUUGAAGAGCGUGCUCAAUGCUUUGUCGACCAGUAUUCCAAGUUUACAGUCAUUGGUCCCGAGGGCAAGGUCCUCCACGUGAAUGGACGACUGACACUGGGCGAGAACAUCGCCGACGCUGGAGGAUUGGCAGCAUCAUACCAUGCGUGGAAGAAGCACGAUGAGGCAAAGCCUGAUCUCCACCUCCCGGGAUUGGAUGCAUUUACCAAAGAGCAGCUGUUCUUUAUAUCUUAUGGCAAUUGGUGGUGUGGAAAGACUACUCAGGAGGCGGCUGAGCGGGCGGUCUAUAACGACCCCCAUGCGCCCAAAUCGGCACGAAUUAUCGAAACUAUGGCCAACUCUAGGGAGUUCAAGAAUGCCUUUAGUUGCCCAGACAGGAAGCCAGCUUGCAAGCUCUGGUAG